AUGCCCCGGGGAUUUCUGGUAAAGAGGACAAGGAAAAGCUGCGGGUCCUACAGGAUACCCUCUGAUGAAACUGGACCGACCCACUACAGACCCAUCGCUACAGCUCUCAAUGUCCUGACACCCUACACAUCCACCAGUGACUUUGGGGCAGGAGCUCCUGAUAACCCAGUAGAGAAAGCAGGUGAAGGGACACCUGAAGCCUCCUCUGAUGUUCCUCCCAUCAGGUUGGGUUCCAGAGUGGAACAGAUCGGACCCUGGAACCAGAUACCUUUCAGUCCAGUGAAACCUGUAGACAUGGAACUGAAGAAGACGUUCUUUAGAAGGUUCCUGAGUUCUCCAGCUUCUGCCGAGUCCUUUCCUUCUUCAGAGUCCUUUGCCUCCAUGGAGAAACUUCUUGCCCAGCACAACCCCUUUCUGCCCCCAGAAUCCAGCAAGUUACAGACAAGCAUUAGCGCCAAGGAGACCCCGAGAUACCCCAAACUCCAGUGCAAGAAGAUCAAAGCCAGCAGGAAGCUCAGCUUUGCAGAUGAAGUCACCACUUCUCCGGUGCUGGGACUAAAAAUCAAAGCGGAGGAGCCAGAUGGCAAAUCCCUCCUCAAACGACCCCCUCUGGGGGAAUUUAUCUGCCAGCUCUGCAAGGAGCAAUACCCCGACCCCUUUGCCUUAGCCCAGCACAAGUGCUCCAGGAUCGUCCGUGUCGAGUAUCGCUGCCCCGAGUGCGAGAAGAUAUUCAGCUGCCCGGCCAAUCUGGCUUCCCACAGGAGGUGGCACAAGCCCAGGGCGUUGGGGGCAGAUGGCCAAGGAGGGAAGAGGCUGCAAGUGCCGCUGGAUGGCAAGGAGAACAGCAGCGGGCGUCGGGAUGCGGCUCCGAGCGCACGGGAUCAGCACCAGCCGGCCCUGGACAGCUCCCAGCAGCCAGCUCAGCCGCUGCACUCAGGCGGCAGCCCCUACCAGGUCAGGGAGGGAAGCAUGGCUCACACCACAGCCGAGGACGGGGCAUUCGACUGCCCAUACUGCCACAAGAGAUUCCGCAGGCACACUUACCUCCGCAAACACCUGCUUACACACCAACCAUUCAACCCCCUGGAGAGGGGGCAGAUCACCUACCCAUGCCCCCUCUGUGGAGUUCACUUCCCCUCCGCGGACAUUAGGGAUAAGCACAGACUGUGGCAUGCAGUGAGAGAAGAGCUUCUCAUCCCUUUAGAAGAAGCUAUGGUGGCAGAAGGAGGAGGAGGACAGCAGAUCUUCCCAUGUGAAAUUUGCCCCACGGCCUUCUUUAGUGCCCCCGGACUCACCUUGCAUAUAAACAAGUGCCAUCCACCAGAAAGCAGGCAGGAGCUAAUCCAACAAAUCCCUAUAGGACCAGGCUGCUAGAACACGGAAGGUGAAAAUGUGCAUCAUAACGAUUCUGACUGAUGACAUCAUUGUUAGCAAACGCUUCACACCCCUUCAAUGCCAGCAGUUAAAGAUGAGAGUUUGACAAAACUGCUUUCAAAUGAUAUACUAGCUGACAUUAUUUAAUCUGUUGUACUGUUUUCAUUAUGAUUGUUUUAAAAUAUACAUGUACCUAAUUUAUAUAGAUGAUAUAUACCGUAUAUAUAAUAAAGUGGAUCCAUAUGUGAAACUAAUUCAGGGCUAUCAUUCCAGAAAAAAAUGCAUUUACCAAAAAUAUUGUUUUAGGUUCCCCUA